AUGGCUCAGGGUAUCGUUCCGGUCCACAAGCCUGAAAGAAAAGUCACGCAACCGGACACGGUAUCAACUCAGCCCCAGAUACGAGUGUGCGAGUUUUGUGUAAGGAAUGUGUUAGAGUCCGGUGCAUCCUCCGGUCAGCAUCGUCUUUCAAUGGAUGAUCUGAGUUCUGUCUUGAACCAAUGCACGUUUUGCACCUCGCUCUACGGUAGUAUGAGAGAUCCUUUGCCCAACACUGGAAACUGGCCAUUGUAUCAUUGGACCCUUCGAGCACUGCCACGCGGCAGAGAGUUAAGAGGAUCGAUGAUGUUACGUUUUUGGUCUUCUCAUCCGACAAUCACAACCAAGUCUUUCCGAUUCCUACCAGGAAAUGAUCUGGAUGUGCCCGCGUCCGAGGAUUUACCAGGAACAACAGAUCUAGACCUUAGUGGCGGGACUCAAGUUAACAAAUGGAUGGAAACUUGCAUGCGCGAUCAUCAAGGCUGCAGUAAAGCCUGGCACGCCCAGCGAUCCCAACCUUUCUUUCUCCCAACACGACUUCUGGAUGUUGACACUGGAGAUGACAAUGUUAUCCGCUUGGUAGAUACCCAGAUAACCAAAGCCAAGGGACCUUACUGCACGUUGAGUCAUGCGUGGGGACCACGAGAGAAGCCGUUCCUUACUACUACUGUGUGGAAUAUGGCAAAGCAUUUGAUCACAGGUAUUUCCCUAGAUGAGCUUCCACUUAACUUCCAGCACGCAAUACGAGUGACUCGUUUCUUGAAGGUGCGGUAUAUCUGGAUUGAUAGUCUCGCUAUCGUGCAGGAACCUUUUGGUGAUUUUGCCAGAGAAGCCAAUCUCAUGCACAAGGUUUACCGAUACUCGCAUUGUAACAUUGUCGCAGCGGACUCAGAGGAUGCAUACGGCGGUCUCUUCAGGGACCGUACACCUCAUGAGAUCCUUCCGGUCAACUAUCACGGUACUAAUGCAUCUCAUCAUUUGGGGACGAAAACUUGGACGAUUGUCCCAGCGGAUCUUUGGGAGAAGGAACUUCUUAACUCCGUCAUAUAUUACCGUGCGUGGGUGUUUCAAGAACGUAUUCUCUCUCCUCGCAUCCUCCACUUCACAAAACAUCAAAUCUUUUGGGACUGCGGUACGCUCUCUGCCUGCGAGGUAUUCCCAAACGGCCUUCCCUUCCCUCUCGAUCACAAAGCAAGCACAGAUCGACAUUGGAGAGGACGGCUUGUCGGGAGUACUGUCUCAUCAAACGCCUUGACUGGUGUCAAUGACAACGAAAGCUCCUACACUUUCUGGAUGUCUGCGGUACAAAACUACACGGAAUGCAAUCUAACUAGUCAGGGUGACAAGACUAUCGCAAUCUGGAGUAUCGCGAAGUUGCUGCGCGACGUUAUGAGAGAGCAAUACGCCGUGGGCAUGUGGUCUGAAGCGCUCGAGGAGCAAAUGGCGUGGAGAGUACGAGAAACUCAAAAAUGUGAGAACAUGCCAGAGCUCGAUGCCAGUAUUCCUAGCUGGUCAUGGGCAAGUGUAAGAGGCUCUAUCGUGCCUCAACACCGGCUGGCCUUGCGAUCAUAUACAGUCACGGAUCAUGACGGGGCUAUGGUCAAAUUCACAGUC